UAGACGCCGCUGCUAUCGAAAUGUGAGCGUGCAGUGCCAUCCUCCCUAACCUAUCAGUGUGGGAAGUAAGCGUGCCACCUAUGAAGUCAGCAGUCCCCAACCCCCACCCGGAACACAUGUUCAACAUCCUCUGGGCACAGGCUGAGCACAGCACUGAGACACAGCUGAGAAUUAAAGAGAGAGAGAGAGAGAGAGAGAGAGAAAGCGGGAGAGCGAGCAGUGAAGUGGAAAUAUGUGUGAGCAUCAGAGAGACAGAAAUAGAGCGAUAAAGCAGUGAAUUAGGCAGAGGCAGAGAGAGGAGGAGGAGAAACAGAGGCUUUCACUGAGGUGCUGAUGCUUCGUGCAGACAAGGUUAUUUUCUCGUAGCGGAAAGCUCUCUUGUCGUGUGUGGAUUUGAGAACCUCAUGGAUUGGCUCCCCGUCUGAGUCUCAGUGGAAUUCAUUGCAUCUGCAUCUGGAUCCAAAACAACUGCAGACAGAGGAUGCGACCGUGGCUGGAUGCUAGGAUCCAUGUGGGCCUGUGACGACUGCACUCCCCUCUGUGGCUACCUUCUUCCCCAUGAGGAUGGCUCCUGCGCCGCCGACCCAGAUCGUGGAGUCCUGGCUCUUCACUGUGCAUUGCUCCUCCGGUGGUCUGUGAAUGUGAUGCGCACGAGGAAUGCUCCACACCUCGGCAGAGACCGCUCAGCCCGCUGCCUCUGCUGACAUCUGUCUCCGUGGAUACACACAGCCACUGGCCAGGCUACGCCACCAAGACCGAUCCAUAACAACAAUCCCCAGCUGGAGAACAAACAACAUCCGGGCGAAAGGGAGAGGGCCGAGUCUCAGCAGGGCGGGCGGCAGAUGGUGACACUGCAGCAGCACUUCUCCAGCAUGGAGGAGACGGUGCGAACGCUACUAAAGAACCAGGACUCUCUGGAAGGGCCCAAGGUGGACCCACUGGACCUCAUGAAAGCAUACAAGGACAAACUCCUGGAGGAAAUGUGGAAGCAGCAGGGCAGUCUGGAGGGUCCCACAGCCCCAGCAGCAGAGAUGCCUGCCUGGCCCGAAGCCGGCGCAGGCUCAGAUGAAAACUCAAAGGAUAGCAAUCCCCUGCUGGAGCGACUCCGAGCCCUGGAGGCGGAGAACUCUGCUCUGUCCAUGGAAAACGACAAUCAGAGGAAGCAGUAUGAACGCUGUCUGGAUGAAGUGGCUAACCAGGUGGUCCAGGCCCUCCUCACACAGAAGGACUUGAAAGAGGAGUGUGUGAAGCUGCGGACCCGUGUGUUUGACCUGGAGCAGCAAAACCGCAUUCUGAGUGUGCUGUUUCAACAACGUGUCAAAAUGUCCACGAUUCCUGUCUCCCAGGAGGUCCAAAGGAACGGAAAAGCAGGUAUUCCUGCAGGAAGGUGGCCCAGCCUGCUGAGUCUAACAUGCCCACGCAGUAGUGGUAGCGGCAGUGGCAGUGAACUGUCACUAUCCAGUGCUUGUAGUGAGUACUCCAGUGGCUCCCACACUUGGGCAGAAGGACGUGGAUUCUCCAAGCAGUGUGCCGCAAGCCGGGACAAAAGGAUGAGUACGGGUUCAGUAUCCAGCAAUCACUCUGCACCCAUCGAGCAGACAGACCUGGGAUGGAAGGAAGGCCACAUUCUGAAAGGACUUAAGCGUCUCCAAAUGUGCAGCUCCAAAGAGGCGUCCUCACAUGCAUCUGUUCCACACUGCAAAGACUGUGAAACCUCCAACGAGGGCAUAUAUUCGUUUGGUGUGAAGUGUGGCCAACAAGGAAGUACAGGCAAGCAAGUAGCCCCUACAAAUAAACCUUUCAAGGCCGGAGGAGGGACUGCUGCCCUAGACUCUGAUGAUGCAGAUGAUGAUUCAACUAAAUUACAAAGUAGGGAAUCCAGUGACCAACCAACAAAAGAGCUUGUUUGCUUGGAGGAACUAGUUGUUACAAGAGAUGAUGAGAACAAUUUUCAAGAAGGCCCUGUUAAACUUGCAGAUAAUUCUGGUAUUUUUCCCUCACCUGUCACAGACAACUUCUUAUUUUUGGAGGGCCCCACAGUAAAACCUGGUUUAAGUCCAACUGAUAGCCUUACGCAUCCGGAGGAAAAAAACAAAGACUUACUAGAAAAACACAAGCCUUCAGGCAUGAAGUUAAGUGACAGAAACAAUAACCAGGAAAGGUCUACUGACCGUAAGUCCAGACUGGAUCAUGUCAAAAGACAACAGGGCAGACUUGCAGUCAAGCAAGUCGAAGCAGGUGAUGGGAGCUCUCCUAUUCAGCAUUCUGCAAAAAGAGCUGUGAGCUUUGAGAGUGUAGCCAGACAGCGCAGCUCCUCAAUGGAGGUUCCUCACUGCAGAGACCAGGCGACUCAAGCUGGCAGCCAGGACUACACCAUCUCAGAAUCUCCACAGAGGAAACCAAAACCUCAGCUGUGUGACUCAGCAAGAAAGGCUUUCAUUCUGCGGAGCAAGAGUGCGGAUGGAGGGAAAGAACAAACGAAGCAUACGCAUUCUCCUCUCCACCAAAAGCUUAUUAAGGGUCACAGGUCCAAAGGACAGUCAAACCCUCCUGGGCACAAUGUUCCUAGCGAAAGGACAACUCUCAGUAAAACACAUUGUUCAAGCAAGGGACCAUUAUCUAAAGUUGAGAAAGAUGAGGACAUUGCGGUAUCAACAAGUUCCAAGUCUCUCAAGAAUGUGCGCUCUCCCCUUGCUUCCCCUGUGAAACAUUCAAAGACAUUUAAGAGCCCAACAAAAUCACCUUUGCAAAGCUCUAGACUUCAAUCAAGCAAUGAGUCUGUGGAAGAGAGCAUCUAUGACAACUUACCCUGCUCACCGCGAAAACAACGGCGCCGAGACAAGCACUGUGAUGUUUCCCGUUCAGAACUUAGGUCCCCUUCACCACCACCACCCCCAGGUCGAACUACUUCUCUUGUCCUUAGGCCCAGUUGUGACAGCUUACCCAAAACAUAUACAUCUACAGGUCAGGCUCAAAGCUUGACUACUGGGAAGACAACAUCGAGCACCACCAAGCACCAAUCAAAUCUUGCUUCUAUUUCACAGCCGCAACAAUCCAAUACGGCAAUGGGCAAUGCCCCACAAAUGGGUGCUGAUGGUAAGACACUGAAAGAUAUCCCUGCUAAUCUCUACCAUACCAACUCAUCCCAGAUGCCACCUGUCCCAGUUCAAGAGUCUUUAGAGUCAGUCCAGCUAUCUAUGGACAGAACUGCCACAUGCCAUGAUGAACAUGGUGCUCCCUCUAUAUUUCCAAGUCAGAGCAUCUUACAGAGAUCCCAACAGAGCAUUAGUGAGCCAAAACUUUCAGAAGUCCUGCCUCAGGCAUAUUCUAAUGUUUACUACCAUGGGAUUGCGAAUAAUCCUCAGAGUUCCACCUCAAGAGCUGCAAAAAUGGCUCUUCCUGCAAAUGCUAAAUCUCACGAGGCAAUCUCUGGACAGGAAACCAGUACCUUCCUAGUUUUCGGGAGACAUAACAAAGAUGAUACAAACUCUUCUGCAAAAAGUAUCCACACCUUUCAGACUUUUACGUGUGAUCCCCAGAUGAUACCUGAAUGUGGAGCCCAUGACAAAGUCCGCAGAAAGAUUGACACCCGCUGUAACUCACUGGAUUCUGAGCCCUCAGUUCAGCCUGUUGCUUCUGACAGCGGUGUCAUGUUAGAUUGGGGAUUUGAUGAGGAAGGUUGGCUGUUUAAACGGUCUGUGUCUGUGUCAACCAGACCUCCCCUUAAGCCUGUAAUGGGCAUGAAUGGGGCUAAGGCUCGUAGUCAGAGCUUUGGUGCACGCUACAUGGACAGGCCAAGCUUCAACAGAUCUGGAAAGGUCCGUACCCAGAUCAAAACGCACUCAGGGAGCUCCUUGAACUCUCUUAGUGAUGUCCUUCCAGGAAGUAUGAGUUGCUCUAGUAGCUACCAUUGUCCAAUGAACCGAUCCCUUUUGAACAACUUCUUGAUUGAAGAGGGCCUGACAGUUCCUUCACAUUUGGGGUCCUCCAGUGAAAGACUUCAGAGUCUUAAACUCCAACGAGAGCAGGCUAGGCGCCUUCAGAUUGAGCAACAGUUUUCAAGCGCCUUUGGCGAGCCAGUUUCUGAAGAACCAGAGAGACAAAGUACUAUAACCACAAUCGAAGAGAAAGUGAUGCUCGGCAUAGAGGAGAACUUGCACAAGUCUCAGGAACAGGAGAGAACCAGCGAAGUGAAGCAAAAAUCUGGCUCAACUUUGGCAAAUUGGUUUGGUUUUCGUAAGAGUAAGCUUCCUGCUCCAAGCAGCAAAAAGGCUGAUCCACCGAAAGUAAAAGAGGACAAGAGGGAGCAAAAGAUUACAUCACUUCUGGGAGGAAAGCAGACAAAGUCUGACAAAAAGAGAGACAGAAGAAAAAGCGAUGGAAAAGACUGCUCUGUUGGGAGAAGAGAGUCUCAUGAUGCAGUGCGGGCAUGCAUCUCAAUGCCUUGCCCAGGAAUGUCCCUGAAUGAGAUCCAAGGACAUUCAGACAUCAUCGGGGACCCAAAGAUGCAGAUGAUGAACCUGAGAGCCGAUGGUGAAAAUGGAUCCACAGCGAAGAACCCCAACCAGGAUGCUGUAAUAGGCUCCGGCUGCAAGAUGCGAACGUUGGACAGUGGAAUUGGAACCAUCCCCCUUCCUGAAUCCUGUUCCUUCUUCUCCUCCAUCCUGCACCUCCUCCCCAAAUCCUCAUCCACCCCCGAGCAGUCCCUCAGUCCUCCCAGUUUCCCCGGUUCGUCCAGCGAGGACGUGUCUCCUUCCCCGUUACCCCGGUGGAGGAUACCCUCCGGCUUUAAGGACUGCAGCCAUGCACGGGUGCCAAACUCCCUCUCCGACUCCUCCAUGACCCAUAUCCAGUCAGUGCCUUUUCCCACUGUGGCCUUCCUCCAGCCCAUCCAACCCCAGUGUGAACCCAUUGUAACCUCUGCCAGUGUGUGUGAUACCAAGAGCAGGCUGCCCAGACCUCCGCCAGGUGGGAUGGAACCAAAGAAGUUGACCUACAUCAAAUCGAAAACACGAUCCACUCCGAGCCAACAGAAAGAACAGACGAGACUUCAGCUUGCCAACUAGUUUAUGAAGCUGACUGAGUCAACCUCAAGCAAGGAAUCAAGCAAUGAGUUGGAUUUGUCGCUCUAACACACAUGGAGGAUCCCUAAAUCCCACAGUUUGGACACUGUGUCUCUGUAUCAGGAUGAAACGCUCAGAGCUGUGAGCUUGGCAUUGUGGGCUUCCACCUGUGCUCAGUGUAGUGUUGAGAUACAGAGUAUCCUUUGAGGUGUAGUAAUGAAACUUCUGGCAGCCAUUUUGGAGGUCUGCAGCAUAUUGGCAUCAGCUGUGAGCAGCUGCUUGAGUUUCUAAAUGUACAACUCUGCUGUCUCACAGGAGUAAAACAUUUUCUUUUUCCUCGCAGAAGUAACAAUUUUACAAAGACAUGAAUGUGGCAGAUUUUUUUGAUUUGGUAAUAUCUGGUUAGCUACUGUAGCACUUCCAUGGCUACCUUUAAUCGUCACUAUGUCAGUUGCACACAAGCUCAUGCAUUAAAGUUUUAAGCUAAUGUUGGUGGCCAACAGCUGUAUUUUGAUACGACAUAACCAAGCUUGUUAGCUAGCUAAGCUCAGUUGUAUAAACGAUAUGCUUGGUGUUCACGUGGUUAAGUCGUGAGAUCACCGCUGCAAGGCAACGGCAACAUGGACGCCAAAAGGCUCUAACUAAGGCUAACAAUUUAGCAAGCUAGCCAGCUGGUAACUGGCCACUGGGAAUAUCAUUUUUUUCCUCAGACCUUUUAUAAAAUUACGAAAAAAAAACUAUACAACUAAAAUGAAAUAUAUGAACUUACCAUUCACCGAAAAAUAAACUUCCAUGACCUCUGGUAUUUCUGAAAACAUCAGUAAACAUGUCAUAACUCAUGAACUUGAAGGUUUCAGAAAAUUUCCACCUGCUGUACAAGGUUGUGAAUCCCACAGACUCUUCGGUUGGUAAACCCGACCACAUUUAAAGGCAGCAAAAGCCCCAACAUCGCCUUAGGAACGUGUUAGCAAACAACGCCCUAGUUUCAUAUCCAGCAGACACAGAGCAACAUUAGCAUCCCAUUUGAUUGUCUCUGGCAACUUUAGAAAUCUAAUAUUUAAAGUACAAUAGGGUGACCAGAUUUCCCGGGACUAAAACCGGGACACUUUGCGCGU